AUGGAGGGAAAGCCUCGGCGCGCCGCGCUGGUUUUCCUGGUCGCCUUUGUUGCCGUGGCGGCGGGCUCGCCGGCCUGCCCCAGGCCCUCCGUCGUAGACACGAUCCUGGGUCGGCCGGACUCUUGCUGGGAUUCGGAUUCUACGCUGCCUCUCGGUGCUUAUCAGAUCGGCGUCGUUGAGGUGCUCCCCUACCACUUCUUGGGAUCUCUGGGAGAUGAAGCUACUUUGCAGAAGGCAUCGAGUAUGGUGCAAAAGAACAGGGAGGACUAUGUGGCCCUGCUCUUUUAUGCAUCCUGGUGUCCUUUCUCUAAAAUUUGUCACCCAAAUUUCCAGAUCUUGUCUAACUUAUUUCCAACCAUCCGUCAUUUUGCAUUUGAAGAAUCUGUUAUCAGGCCAAGCAUACUCUCAAGAUAUGGAGUGCAUGGUUUUCCAACCCUUUUUCUUCUAAAUUCAACUAUGAGGGUGCAGUAUCACGGUUCACGAACCAGAAAUUCUCUAGUUGCUUUUUACAAUCAUGUAACAGGUGUCGGUCCAUCACCGAAACUGGUCUUCCUGGAUAAUGUUAUGGAUCCGCCAGAUGAUACUGAGCUCAAAGAAGACAUGCAGGAAAACUGCCCAUUCUCAUGGGCAAGAUCACCAGAGAAACUGCUGCAGCAGGAUGGUUAUUUGGCACUUGCGAGUGGUUUCCUGCUGAUGAGGCUGCUUUACUUCCUUCUUCCGAGACUUAAUGCAUGUUUUCAGCGAGCUUGGAGGAGGCAGAUGCGAUAUGCAAGCGUGAGGAAUCUCUGGAACUAUUUCCAGGCAUACACUGAACAAGCAAAGCGGGAAGGCAGUAGGUUGCAUCCAUGCGAGCGGCAUCAUCUGCAGGAAGGUGCAAUGAGUGCCAGAGCCUGGGCUUCCCAGUCAUUAGCGUCGGUCACUCUUGGCGAACCUAGUUCUGGGAGAGCAUACUCGAUGGGUCGAGAAAAAUUAGGCCAAGAUGCGGCUGGUUGGCUUUAA